UAAAAAGCGAGGGCAUCGCAGGUGAAAAUAGAUGUAUAAAUAUCCAAAAAUCUGUACUCCCUUCUUCUCCGUCGCAUCUUCCGGGUCUUUCCAGCCGAAGUGAUAAAGAUACUACAGCAUGGAGAAUAUGCAGAGCUAUUGGCAAUUUGGCGACGAGCUUCGAGGACAAUCAAAAGCCUCGGAGGAUCAUAAAUGGUCAACAGCUGCUCUAAAAUUGGCUGAGCAGAUGAAGUACAAGGGUGAACGGAGGAAUAACCUUGACCUUUCAAAGAGCUCGGCUGAAAUUAGACCCAGGGGUAAUCAUAUGUUUCAGGAAGAUAACAAGUGGGAAAGCCUUAACUUCAAUAUGUUAAAUUUGGAUAACAAGAUGACUGAAAAUAUGAGCAAGAAUCGCAUUAUGGAUAGCAUUUACAAUGCAAAUCCAGUUUAUCUUAAGCCCAAUUUUAACAGCUUGGGAAAUUCAUCUUUGAGCAAGUUCAAUGCUAGCAACUACACCAAGGAACCAGGCAAGAAUAACAAUAACAACGUUGAGAGCUCCAAUGGAAAUAACUCUGUUGACAAAAGGUUUAAGACUCUGCCUGCUGCUGAGACACUGCCGAAGAAUGAGGUUCUUGGUGGAUAUAUAUUUGUUUGUAACAAUGACACAAUGCAGGAAGACUUAAAGCGUCUGCUCUUCGGCCUUCCUCCUAGAUACAGAGAUUCUGUGAGGGCGAUAACACCAGGGUUACCCUUGUUCCUUUAUAAUUAUACUACUCACCAGUUGCAUGGUAUCUUUGAGGCAUCGAGUUUUGGAGGUUCCAACAUUGAUCCAACCGCCUGGGAGGAUAAAAAAUGCAAAGGAGAGUCGAGGUUCCCUGCUCAGGUGAGGAUCCGUGUCCGGAAAGUCAGCAAUCCUUUGGAGGAAGAUGCUUUUAGACCAGUUUUACAUCAUUAUGAUGGCCCCAAGUUCCGCCUGGAGCUCUCCGUGCCUGAGACUUUGGACUUGCUAGAUCUCUGUGAAAAAGCUGGUGUCUAGGUGUUAUGUGCUCGUGCUGGCGUCCUGUACUAGUAAGCAUAAAGGAACUGUAGCCUAUGUGAAUGUUAUAGGUUUGUGGUGCAUGUCAGCAGUGUGCUGUCCGUAGAUUUUCCCUAGCGUAAGCUUUGGUGUGCAAAUCUGGUAAGGGGUCGUAAGUUUAGGGUUGGCUUGUGUAAGCGAAAUAAGUGCAAUGCUUAUCUCUGAAGAUAUUUGCAGAGUGACUUCACAGUUUAGCUAUGUAAUCUUAUAGUAGACUAGCGACAAGUAAGACGAUUAUGUAAUGGGAUCUUCAAGAUCGAAUGUGUUUCUGUAUCUGCAGAGGAACUCUGCUUCAUCCGAUUUGUACCGUACGAAUACUUAACAUUUAUUUUCAUUUAGUGA